AUGCUUUUUUUAAAAGAAGAUACACACGGAGUUGAAGUACUGGGGCUUAAUGCAACAAAAGCAGAAAUUAGGCAAAGCCAUGGGAAAUCAGAUGAUGUAUCGAAGACUUAUACGGUUUAUGCAGCAUUUGCGAAAUCGAUCAAUCAUACAGAUUGGGAAUUGUUUGCAUUGACAAAGGCUGUCUUCUAUGCUGCAUCGCCGGAACAGAAGGCGGUGACAUACGCUAUCCGCUGUCAGAGACUUCAGGAGCUGGGAAUUUUCGAUGGCUCCAUUGAAGACGCUAAGCGUGCUCUUGAGGUAAAGUUCCACCGCCAUUAG